UCGGGAUAGAGAUGUCACAAGGUCCAGGUUAAUUAAUGGAAUCUUAAGGAGUAUGUGAAACGGUUCCGGUCAUGCCUCUACGAGCAGGAUUAAUCCUAGUUCUUGGUUUUGUCGAGCUGACUGUGCUUUUGGUCCUUUGGAGAAAAUUCUAUGAUCAUCAACGGCAAACAAUGUCACCUUUAAACACCGAGACAAAACAUGACGAGGGUGGCAAUGUCUUAAAGCCACUGAACGUCACCAAACAGCUUAUCAUCACUGCAGUUGCUACUAAUAAAGUUACCAUGUGUUUGUUCCAGAGACGGAUAAGUGAUAUAUGUAAUAUUCUUUCAUCAGAAGAAAACGAAAAUAAACUCGUGUAUCAGAAUAUUUAUCGAAUUCUCAAUACUGUUAUGAUUAAUCCAAAUUGUUGGUUGACCUCACUGGUGCAGAACUGCGCACUAUUUCGUUUUGCGCAUGGUUACGACGACAAACCGGUGACCCAAGAGGAACUGGCUUUUCCUCUGGCGUUUGGAAUCAGGAUGCAUAAGUCGGCAGAGCAGGCGGAGCAACUUCUGCGUUCUAUAUACCGUCCACACAACGUGUACUGUAUACACGUGGAUAUGAAGGCAAAAAACAGCGUCUUCGAAAUUAUCAAAAACAUCUCACGAUGUUUUAAAAAUAUUUUCGUCAUUGAAGACCGGGAAUCAAUCGUUUACAGUGGUUCUGGGGUUAUCAAGGCCGAGAUGAAAUGCAUGCUUGCGUGCCUGAACUCUGGCAUCAAAUGGAAGUAUUACUUGAAUCUAUCAGGACAAGAAUUUCCCCUCAGAACGAAUUUAGAAAUUGUGAUGAUUUUAAAGCUAUUUCAAGGUGCAAAUGAUAUCGAAGCUUACGACUAUCCAAAGCAUCAAGAGGAAAGGUUUAAGAAAAGAUACAUUUCCAGUGGGUAUCGUUUAGUUAAAACACACAUAGAUAAACCGCCGUUUGGAUACAAUAUUCAAAUGAGCAAAGGUAGUGCUUACGGAAUGUUUUCUAGACGAUUUGCAGAAUUCCUUUUGACAGACGACGUUGCGAAUAAAUUAACAAAAUGGCUGGACGACACUUGUUCUCCGGAAGAAAACAUAUGGUCAACUCUAAACUCGUUACCAUGGGCCCCUGGUGGUUAUUACGUAGAAACGAGACAUUCGUCAAACACGCAUGCGUCCAGAUCUCUAAUCUGGAGGUGGGACAAGGUGAAAUGUUAUGGGAGGUUUAUCAGGAGUGUGUGCGUCUUCAGUUUCAAGGAUCUGCCGUGGUUGAAGUCGCAGCCACACGUCAUCGCGAACAAGUUUGACAUCAACGACGUCGACCGCGUGGUCGUUGACUGUCUGGAGUCGAUGCUUCUGAAGCGAAUUCAUCAUCCCCUACUGCAGACAGUAGAUAGGAACUACUUUAUGAAUCUACCGCAACUGAGGUUUUACAGGAAAUUAAAUGAAACCAUGAAAUCUACUCGAUUUUUGAACCAAGUCAAACAAAAGUGGAUGAAGGAACAUCCUUGGAAAAUAUUUUAGUUUUUGAAUGAAAUGUGUCAGAACAGAUAGCGAGAUGCACAAAAUAACAUUACCGCCAUGAUUGCUGGUUCACUUAGCUUU